AUGUUUCGUUUGUUCCUUUUCACAGUGCUUUUGGUGGCAGUAUCAGUCAAUUGUUUGCCAGCCAAACAUGAAGCCAAAAUGGGCAGGAUUGCCUUAAAAAAAAAUAGGUUGGACAUAAAUGCUCUUGCACAAAUUGGGCCACAUAGAGAAGCACUCAAGGAGCGUUACUCCAAAUUAAGAUCUGGAUCCGGGGUUGAGCCACUCACCAACUACAUGGAUGCCCAAUACUUUGGAGAAAUCUCCAUUGGAAGUCCAGCCCAAAACUUCACCGUUAUUUUCGAUACUGGCUCCUCAAACUUGUGGGUUCCAUCAGUCAAAUGUCCAUCGUCCAAUAUUGCUUGCAAGCUCCACAACAAAUACGAUUCCAAAAAAUCAUCCACUUACAAAGCUAAUGGUAGAUCUUUCGCUAUCCAAUACGGAACUGGAUCUAUGACUGGGUUCCUCUCAACUGACACAGUCACUGUUGCCGGUUUGUCCGCUAAACACCAAACCUUCGCUGAAGCCAUCAAACAACCAGGUGCCACUUUCAUCUCAGCCAAAUUCGAUGGUAUUUUGGGUAUGGGUUACGCUAGCAACUCUGUCGAUGGAGUUACACCAGUUUUUGACAACAUGGUGGCUCAAGGAGCCGUAGACGAACCAGUCUUCUCUUUCUACCUCAACAGAGAUUCAGAUGAUGAAUUGGGUGGUGAAAUUCUUUUGGGAGGUACCGAUCCUGCGCACUACGAAGGAGAGAUUACCUGGGUCGAUGUAAACAAAAAAGCCUACUGGCAAUUCCGUGUCGAAGGUAUGAGCAUCGAUGGACAUGUAGUAAGCGUUUGCCGUUUAGGUUGUCAAGUCAUCGCUGAUACUGGUACCAGUCUUAUCACGGGACCAUCCAGAGAUAUCAGAAAAAUAAACAGGGCUAUCGGUGCCGAAGUAACAUUGAGCGGAGAAGCUUUUGUUGAUUGCGCUCGUAUCCCAGAUCUUCCCAAAAUCAACUGGGUUAUUAACGGCAAAAAAUUCACUCUUGAGGGCAAAGACUACAUCUUAAAAAUCGAAAAUCAAGGACAGACCGUGUGCUUGUCUGGAUUCGAGGGCAUGGAUAUAAAUAAUGGUAUGUGGAUUCUUGGUGAUGUCUUCCUUGGAAAAUUCUACUCAAUCUACGACCUUGGAAAUGACCGUGUUGGUUUUGCUGUAUCCAAGAAUUAA